CCUCAGCUAGAGGCAGCACACAUCUCUCCUUAGCCAGACGCACCGAGAGACGGUGGUGUGUGAGGAGGAACCGUGCGUACUUUACGCUCAGAGUGUGUGUGCAUGUGUCCGGGGAGAGUUGGCGAGCUCGCGGCGCGCUGACAGGGGAGCCCCGGUUGUCUUAGAGCGCGACCCGGUAUCGGGUGAUAAGCCUUUCAGAGAGGAGGACGAGCCGACUGAGAGCUCAUUUGUUUUUGGCAUUUAUUGACUUCUCAUCCACGCGCUGUCCCGGCUGGGGUCAACGCGCAACUGAGAAAGAAAGCAAACAAGUUGAUCUGAGGAGAAGGGUCCGAUUCAGCCCGAGCGGCUCCAGAGUUUUGAUUGUAUUUUUAGCAUCCUGCUCUUCCCCCUCUCCCCGUCCCUUCUGACAGCGCGGAGUGUCGGAGGGAGGGACGGGAGAACCACGCCGACGGACCGUGAAGCUGCGCGCCUGCCCGGUGGAUGAUCCACUGGAUGCGGGACGAUGGAUUAACAGCACCCUACGGACCCCACCGCUGCUUCUUUUGCACCGCCGACCCCUUGUCCACCUCGGGAUUAUUUCAGCUCUCACCGACCUCCCCGACCUCCCUCUCGAGAUGACUGAGGAGCAUGUUUUGCGGUGCGUCCUGAUGCUCUGCUGCGCUCUCCUCUCCGCCAACGCCAGUAACUGGCUAUACCUGGCCAAGCUGUCGUCAGUAGGAAGCAUCAGGGAUGAGGAGACGUGCGAGAGGUUACGAGGUCUCAUCCAGAGACAGGUCCAGAUCUGUAAGCGCAGUGUGGAGGUGAUGGAUGCGGUGCGUCGUGGAGCCCAGCUGGCUAUAGACGAGUGUCAGUUCCAGUUUCGUAACCGUCGAUGGAACUGCUCCACUCUGGAGAACAUGCCUGUGUUUGGCAAAGUGGUCACCCAGGGCACCCGCGAGGCAGCCUUUGUAUAUGCCAUCUCAGCAGCCAGUGUGGCGUUUGCGGUCACAAGGGCUUGCAGCAGCGGAGAGCUGGAAAAAUGUGGCUGCGACCACAAUGUACAUGGAGUCAGUCCGGAGGGGUUCCAGUGGUCGGGCUGCAGCGAUAACAUUGCAUAUGGAGUGGCCUUUUCCCAAUCCUUUGUGGAUGUGAGGGAGAGAAGUAAAGGCCAGUCCUCCAGCCGGGCACUCAUGAACCUGCACAACAACGAGGCUGGCAGGAAGGCCAUUCUGUCCCACAUGCGUGUGGAGUGCAAAUGUCACGGCGUGUCCGGCUCCUGUGAGGUGAAGACCUGCUGGAAAGCCAUGCCGCCCUUCCGCAAAGUGGGCAAUGUCAUCAAGGAGAAGUUUGACGGUGCCACUGAGGUGGAGCAACGCAAAGUGGGCACAACCAAAGUCCUGGCACCUCGAAACUCCCAGUUCAAGCCUCACACAGACGAAGAUCUGGUCUACCUGGAGCCCAGUCCAGAUUUCUGCGACUAUGACCCACGCACGCCGGGUAUGCUGGGCACGGUGGGCCGCCAGUGUAACCGAACGUCAAAGGCCAUUGACGGCUGCGAGCUGAUGUGCUGUGGCCGCGGCUUCCAGACGCAGGAGGUGGAGGUGGUGGACAGGUGCAGCUGUAAGUUCCACUGGUGCUGUUACGUCAAAUGCAAACAGUGCCGCAAAAUGGUGGAGAUGCAUACUUGCCGGUGAUGGGAGUUGGGGUGCACAGAGGGCACUGCUGAUGAACAAAACAAAUGCCCCACACUCCUGCUCACUUCCCAAGGCCAAAGGGAGCAAGGCGGACUUGAACCUCCCUCUUCUUCUGCUUGAAACACCCCACCCUCCUACUACUGGAAACAGACUGAGUGGCUUAAACGUCAAAUGUCAUCCUAUUAAUUUCAUGCCACCUAAAUGAAAACAGUAGAUCAUGCAUGGGAUUCCCUACAAAGUUACAGGGGCUGUUUGUUUCUUCUCAAGUAGAGAGCAUCUUUUUCUUCCUGUCUCCCUCCCUCACUCUCAUAUUUGCUUUGUCAUUGAUGCUUCUUAUUUUUGUAAUGUUUAACUUAUUUGUUGAGACUGAAGAGAUUGAUGGUUGGUGGACCUAGAAGGAGGGGACAGGCGAAUGGAGAUAAUUAGGGACAAACUGGACCCAUGGGUGGGCAGAUGGGUGGGUGGGGUUAAGGGUUUGGGUUGGGAUUGGGGGUCAAGAGGGAGGUUGUCGCCCUCUAUCCUUGCUGCUGCUACUUCGGGGACUCACCUGGAGUGCUGGAUGUCAGAAGGGAAACGCAGAGUCUGUCAGAGGACAGACUUGAACAACAAAGAGGAACGUGUUGCAGGCGGACUUUCUGUGAUUUGCUUCCUGAGUGUAAAUGGCGCUGAGGUCCAGUCAUGUAUUUUGCCCCCCUGCAAUGCCCUGAUGCUGCUCCGUUUACACACACUCACUGUCUUUCUGUCAGAAGGAGGAUGAUGAUGGACAGGUAAAAGCCACUGUCAGCUCCUUCCUGUCUUUUCUGUAGAUCCCGUAGCAUUGGCAGGUGAUGGGCAUGAGACACACAAAACAAACACAUAUCCAGCAAAUAUUGCUCCAUAUUUCCACCUGUAUUCAUGCACAGCUGACACAUGCAACCAGAAACCAGAAACCAGAAACCGUAUAUCCAAAGAGCUCUCAGAUCAGAUUGUCAAUGAUUUUUUACCAUUACAAAACAUCAUAUUGUUAAAAUCCUGAAUGGAUGUUGACCCUGGCCUUCUCCUUCAUGUCGCCACCUGCCAAACGCUAGUUGGCUUAAUGCAAACACGAGUAAACACACAAAGACAUGCAUGCACCACCAAGUAAACACACACAUACACAAAGGGGUCUGCCAGAGGGUUUCCGAGCAUGUUCACCAUGCAUGAUGACUGAAGCACUUUCUCUCCAAGCGCACAUAGAGCCCUCGCCCCACAGCAGCGAACCUCUGACCACAUUUUCAAUUGUCCUUGUUUCUUUUAUACUGUACACACACACACACACACAUACACAGUUUCCCAUGCCACUGUCAGGACUCUAUUGUUGUCAUGUACCACCAACAUACAGCAAAGCUUUCCUAUAAUAACGUGCUAUAAUUAUAGAGACAUACUGUAGAUCUGUAAAGACUUAUACACUGAAGAAGACUAUACUGCCUAUGAAUGUAUGUUAAUAUGGAAUAUAUGCCGUGUCAAAAAU